UUCCGAGAGGAGCGCGGGAACCGAGGCGCUCCGGGCCUGGACGCGCGGCCUUCUCGCUUCCCGGAGCCGCUGCUUCACGGCCUUGCCACCGACCGUUCCCGGGCGCCCUUCCGCCUGCCAGGACAUGACGGAGGAGCUGGAAGUGCUGGGACACGACUCGGACGGGGGUAGUGACGAGGUGAUCCUGACUCCCGCCGAGCUCAUCGAGAGGCUGGAACAGGCCUGGAUGAAUGAGAAGUUUGCCCCUGAGCUGCUGGAGAGCAAGUGUGAGAUCGUGGAGUGCAUCAUGGAGCAGCUGGACCACAUGGAAAGCAAUCUCAGGAGAGCCCCAAAGGGGGACCUGAAGGUUAGCAUCCAUCGGAUGGAGCUGGAGCGGAUCCGCUACGUCCUCAGCAGCUAUCUGCGGUGCCGACUCAUGAAGAUAGAGAAGUUCUUCCCCCACGUCCUGGAGAAGGAGCAGACGCGGCCCGAGGGGCAGCCGUCCAGCCUGUCUCUGGAGGAGCUGGUCUUCGCCAAAGAGUACCUGGCUAACACAGAGGCCUACCUCAGAAACGUCGCCUUAAAGCAUAUGCCGCCCAACCUACAGAAGGUGGACCUCCUGAGGGCAGUUCCCAAGCCUGACCUAGAUUCGUACGUGUUUCUGAGAGUGAAGGAGCGACAGGAGAACAUCCUGGUAGAGCCCGAAACCGAUGAGCAGAGGGACUACGUCAUCGACCUGGAGGAAGGCUCGCAGCACCUGAUCCGAUACAAAACCAUCGCGCCUCUGGUCGCUUCUGGAGCCGUGCAGCUCAUUUAAAACCGGAAGUCAACGAGCGUGGCGCCGUGGGGCCUGGGCGAGGGAACAGCAGGAGCCCUCAUCUCACUCUGUGCCCGGGGACCGUAGUGACAGAAUUCCCCAGACUUCUCAGCGGUGCCCUGUCUGUCCUGGGCGUUGAAGACAGGCCCCGGAAUACUGCCGCGGCCGCCUGCCCGCCUGCCUGCCUGCCUGCCUGCCUGCCUGCCAUUCCGGCCAGGACCAGCAGAUGGGGCCCUUGCUCCGUGUCAUGCGCCUUUCCCUCUGCAGCGCUCAGGGCGCAGGGAAACGGGCGGAGGCUGCCUGACCCCAGGGAGCCUCAGGUGUGCAGCAGGAGGCCCCGGGUGCGGCAGCGUGCGCUCCCCGCCGGCCUGCGACCUAUGGCCUUCGCUGAGCCCUCCACCCCCGGCUGCGGGGCUAUCUGGCCAUCCGCAGGCUCCCGCGUGCGCACCUCGGCAGCCCUUCGCCGUCUCACGGGAGUCUCGCAGCGCCUGUGGACAGUGAGCAGGGACGAGUCUGUGGAGCGUGGCGGAGAGCCCCCGCUUGCCCCUCUCUUGCCUGCCGGAGUCAUGUUCAUUUCCUGAGACAGAGGUGUGGGGGGUGUCUGGGGAAUAUGGCGCUUACUGCCAAGACAAACCUCGAGGAGAGCAAAGGUGUUGUUCACUAAUAAACAUGUUGAUAUUCCUGCGGUGCCUUGG